AUGGAAAGAAUGAUAAAAAAUCUAUGCGACAUCCUCAUUUCGGUUUCGUACCGCGAAGUGACAACUAUGCUGAGACCGUUUUUCAAGAGGUUGGAGAACAAUAAUCAUCCCUUACUUGGUCCAACUCUUUGGGGCUUAGCGAGAUGGGGUAUGUGGCAACCAAGACUUGGUAUUAAUACCAAAAUAUACUGCAUACUGCAUAUUGUUGCAACAUUAUUUGUGAUCAGCCAGUACGUCGAAUUGUGGAUCAUAAGGUAUGAUUUUAAUUUGGCAUUGAGGAAUCUUUCGGUCACCAUGCUGAGCACCGUGUGUGUAGUCAAAGCUGGUACAUUCGUCAUUUGGCAUGAUCAAUGGCAAGAAAUUAUUGAGUAUGUGUCGAAAUGUGAAAAACGACAAUUAUCUAAACGGGACAAGAUCACCAGUGAAAUUAUUAAUAAUUAUACUGUUUAUUCGAGACGUGUUACCUAUUUCUAUUGGGCUUUGGUAGCAGCAACAGUUCUUACAGUUACUUUAGCUCCAUUAGCUGCGUUUUGGUCGUCAAAGGAAUAUAGGGCACGCAUCAGAGCUGAACAAAUUCCAUAUCCAGAAAUAAUGAGUUCAUGGCUACCUAUCGAUAGAACUAGAGGCAUUGGGUACUGGCUGUCCAUCGUAGAACACACCCUUAUCUGCUUUUACGGAGGAGGUAUUGUAGCAACUUACGACUCUAAUGCCGUUGCACUUAUGUCGUUUUUGGCUGGACAGUUGAAACUUUUGAGCACUAAUUGUUCACGAUUAUUUGAAGAAAAUUAUGAAAGUGGAAAUAAUACGGUAGCAAAAAUCAGAGAAUAUCAUCACGAUCAUUUGCGGAUGAUAAAAUAUUCCAAGAUUUUAAAUGGUGUAUUAUCACCAGUGAUGUUUUUGUAUGUAAUCAUUUGCUCGCUUAUGAUUUGUGCCAGUGCAAUUCAAAUAGCAACGAACGGUACGACAAGCAUGCAAAGAAUUUGGAUCGCCGAAUAUCUCAUGGCGCUUAUAGUUCAGCUAUUUCUGUAUUGCUGGCAUAGCAACGAGGUGUUGAUAAUGAGUCAUAAGGUCGACGAUGGCGUAUAUGCCAGUUCUUGGUGGUCCCAGAGUCAAUCUGUACGGCGUUCCGUAUUGCUGCUUGGGGGGCAACUGCGAAGGCCUAUUGUCUUUACAGCUGGUCCAUUCACUAAGCUUAAUCUACCAACUUUUCUUGCUAUUUUGAAGGGGUCAUACAGUUUUUACACUUUAUUGAUCAAUAAAGAAGACUAA